CUUCAGGAUUCACCAUUGGACAAGUUUUCUGUCUCCAUGCUUCUUCGAGCCCCUAAAAUCUUUCUUCACCUCAUGCUCAAGAAGUACUGCCGGCUCUAGAGAGGCUUGAGAGAUCUUAACGGGCUUAUGUUUUGUGAUUGCUUGCAGAAUCUAAAAAGGAAAGAAGUAAACAAAAACUUGGUCUCUCUUUGUUGCAGUCAUGGCUUGUACAAAAUUCUUGCUUCUGCUGUUCAUGUGGCUGCUUGAUCAGCAACUUGGCUUUUGUAGCACGGAUCCACAGGAUGUCUAUGCUCUCAGAUCUCUUUCUGGUGAAUGGAAAAAUGGACCUUCGAGUUGGAGGCACUCAGAUGAUCCGUGUGGUAAUUGGGAUGGAGUCAAUUGUAGCAACUCAAUAAGGGUCACAGAGCUGAAGCUAUUCAACAUGGGCAUUAAGGGUACACUAAGCAAUGCUAUAGGAGAUCUUACUGAAUUGCAGCUCAUAGACUUUUCCAAUAACAAGUAUCUCAACGGCCAACUUCCACCUAGUAUUGGAAAUUUGAAGAAGCUCAAGACUCUGAUACUGAUUGGUUGCAAGUUCAGUGGUGCUAUUCCUGUUGAACUAGGCAAUCUAUCCCAGCUCCAGACCUUAUCAUUAAAUGCAAACCAUUUUACUGGUAGAAUACCUGCAUCCCUGGGUAGGCUCGCCGACCUCGUAUGGCUAGACCUGGCAAACAAUCAAUUAAAUGGAAGCAUCCCGAUUUCAGCAACUGAAGGUUCAGGUUUAGAUCAGCUGGCUCACGCUCAGCACUUCCACUUGAACAAGAAUCAUCUCUCAGGUCCAAUUCCACUGAGCCUUUUCAGCUCUAGCAUGAAUGUUAAACAUAUACUGCUUGACAGCAAUAAUCUUUCUGGGGUUAUUCCAGAAUCAAUUGGACUUCUUCAGAAACUCGAAGUUUUACGGCUAGACCGCAAUAAUUUGAUUGGACCAGUUCCUCAAAGUAUCAGCAAUCUGACAAGACUCAAAGUGCUAAACUUUGCAAACAACGAGCUAACAGGAAUGAUACCAAAUAUGACCGGAAUGCAUGCCCUCUACAAUCUGGACUUGAGCAACAACUCAUUUGAUCCUUCAGAGGCUCCAUCUUGGUUCUCAUCUGGACUUCAAAAUCUCACAACUCUAACUAUCGAGGCGGGAAAACUUCAUGGGGAAGUGCCGGAAAAGCUGUUUAGCUUCCCGAACCUGCAGGAAGUGAAGUUGAGUAGGAACUCAUUUAGUGGCGCCCUCAAUAUGGGAACCAACAUCAGCAAGCAAUUGAAGGUGGUAAAUUUUCAAAACAAUUUACUUACCUCAGUUAUGGUCUCUUCCAACUACAAUGACAAACUAAUACUUGUGGGGAAUCCGGUUUGCAGUAACAUGCACAUAUACCAAACAGAAUACUGCCAAGUUCCAGGACAAGGUUUCACAAUCAAAUUGUCUGACAGUAUCAUCUGUUCGAAUCCUUACGAAGCAACAUCAAUGUUCCGGGCGCCUUACUUCAGUUAUCUAAAUGAUUCAAUAUAUUACCCACAAUUGAGGGAAAACAUUUCAAAUAAACUUGGAGUAGCUCAACGAUUCUCGAUCGACAAUUACUCCUUUGAUAGUGAUGAGUACUUGCAAGUGCACAUGAAGUUUUGCCCUUCAGUUUCAGGUUCAGGUUCAAAGUGCUUCACAAGUAAAGAAAUAUUGAUGAAUCUGGAUCUGAACAGCAAAAUUGAUAGCCUCCCAGAUGUGUUUGGACCAUUUUACUUCAUGAUGUCUGAAUAUCAGUGCCAAGAAAGGGGGAGCAAAAUUUUGAUAAUUGGACUAGUGAUCAGUUUUUCUGCUGCAUCUUUAGCUGUUAUCUGUAUCGGAAGCUACGCGAUACGGAAAAAGAAGCAAGCUGAAAGGGCUAUCAGUAAAAGUGAUCCUUUUGCCUCAUGGGGAUCAAAUGGUGAAGAUAUUGGCGCUGCGCCAAACCAACAAUCAGUGAGGUUCUUUUUGUACAAUGAGCUCAGGAAAUGCACUAAGAAUUUCUCCAACUCCCAAGUAAUUGGAACAGGAGGCUACGGCAAGGUCUAUAAAGGAAUUCUCCCAGAUGGACAAAUAGUGGCCAUCAAGAGGUUGCAGAAGGACUCCUUGCAAGGUGGACUCGAGUUCAAGACAGAAAUCGAGUCGCUUUCGAGAGUUCACCAUAAGAAUCUCAUACAGCUCUGUGGCUUUUGCUAUGAAAAGGAGGAAAGGAUACUUGUAUAUGAAUACAUCUCCAAUGGAACCUUGAGCGAGAACCUGUCAGGAUCAAAAUCUACACAAUUGGACUGGAAAAGGAGAAUACAGAUCGCAUGGGACUCAGCCACUGGCUUAGCGUAUCUUCAUGAGCAUGCUAAUCCACCAUUAAUCCACAGGGAUAUCAAGUCGACCAAUAUCCUUCUGGAUGAUAACUGGAAUGCAAAAGUAGCAGAUUUCGGUCUUUCCAAGUUAGUGAAAGAAGUUGAAACAGGCAAUGCCUCUUCUUUUGUCAAGGGAACAUGGGGCUAUCUUGACCCUGAGUAUUUCAGGACCAACCAGUUGACUGCGAAAAGUGAUGUUUUCAGUUUUGGCGUCGUGAUGCUGGAGCUUGUGACGGCCAGGAGCCCCUUAAAGGGAGGUGAGCACAUUGUUGGCGUGGUGGAGAAGGCAGUGAACAGAUAUGAUAGGGAAUUCUAUGGACUGAAGCAUGUAAUGGACGAGGUUCUAGUGGAGGAAGGAAAUCUAAUUGGUUUCAAGCAUUUUGUGGACUUGGCACUGGUAUGCACACAAAUGUCAGCUGAAGAACGUCCAGCUAUGAGUGAAGUUGCAAUGGAGAUCAGUAUGAUUAUGAAAAAUCUAGACUGAGCAAGAAACUCCAAGAAAUCCAAAGGAUGCUUCCAUCUGUUAAACUUUAAUUUGUAUGAUAACAAGCGAUUUGUUGAUGAAUUGUCAAUACGAAUGCGAGAAGAUUCUUGUGAACUCUGACACUUGGCUUUUGACUAAAGAACAAUAAAUUUUUGUCCA